AUGUAUUCAUUUGAAGGUAAUUAUAAAUUAAAACGAACUAUUAACCUUGGGAAAAAACAAAAAGAAACUAAAGAGCUUUUGCUUAAAAAAGUUGCAAAUGAUAGGAAGAAAAGAGAUGAUGAACGUCGUAAACAAAGUGCUGUUCUUUUGUUACAGAAAAUUAUACGUUCUAGAAUAGCUAUGAAACAUGCUAAGGAUUCAUUGCGACAUGACUUUGAUUAUGAUAUUUUUGAAUAUAAAUCUAGUUUGAAAUUUUCUGAUAAUUUUUUUUUGAAAAAUAUCAGGAGAUUGAUAUUUUUCUAUCAGGCAGAAAAUGAUUUUUAUAGAUUAUAUGAUCUUGUAGAAAUUAUUUCUAAGCAGUUUUACUUUGGAAAUAGUUCACUUUUACUGUUAUUACCUAAUAUUUCAUCAUGGAUUGCAUGUCAUUUUGGUUAUAUAUUGAUAAAAACUAUAAAUUUUACAAAUGAUAUUACGUUUCAUAGAUUUAUUUUUGGGCUUUUACCGGAACUUGCAUGUUUAAAUGUUUCUUUGAUUAAUCUUGGUUAUUAUAAAGAGCUUUAUCUUUAUAUUUGUAGAAAUAAAAUAAUUAUUAGUUCUCCUGAUAUACAGUUGUUUAUUUUGACUGUUACAAAGCCUCUAGAAUAUUUUCGUAUGUUUGAGUAUUCUGUACAAAAAAUAGUAUUAUCUGAAUUCAUUAUGGGUUUUUUUAUCUUAACUAAUAAAUAUGGUGAUCUGAUGAAUUCUAUAAUAUUUCAGCUUGAGAAUUUUUUUUCUAGAUUUAUAUUUUUACAUAUUAUAUUGGAUAUAAAUUUUGAGUGUUUUUCAAAAGAAGAGCUCUUAUGGAUAUUGCAUAAUGUAUUGUUGUAUCUAGUGGAUUUGGAUAGUAUAAAGUUAAGGCUUUCUUCCUUAGAUGAAGUAGAUUUAUAUUCUCAAUGGGUUAGUGAGAUCUUGAUACAUGUAAUUAAAAAGGCGAAUGUUUCAAUAAGAACAUAUUGUGAUUAUGAUUCUAGUAAUGAGGAUAAUGAUAUUUUUGAAAUAUCAUUUUCUAGGAUUGUGUCUGAAAAGUUGUUUUUUAAGUUAAAUCUUUUUAUUCUAUUUUCAGCUGAGCAUAUUGCUCAAAUAAUGAAAUAUGUUUUUCCCUCUACUAUUGUUAAUAUUUCUAAAUUUUUUCUGGUAUUAAUGGAGUUUUGGCCUUUUAAAAGGUCUGAAAUAAUGACACAGCUUGUUAUUGCUUCUACUAGUAUUGAAAAAUGCAAAAAUAUAAAUAUGUUAUCUGUAUUAUGGGGGAUAGUUAAAUCAGAUAUAAAAGUAUUGGAAGAUGGUGGAAAUGUAAACCUUUGUGAAAGUAAUUUUUUUUUAAGAUGGAGUGGACAAUGGUAUACUAUGAUUCUUUUGUUUGAGCUUUAUUCUCGGAUUUUGAUGACGAUGGUUGAUGAUGAGUUUUUCGAUUCUAUGAGGAAUUUCAUUAUUUUUGAUGAUAUAAAAAUUUUAAUGAAUUUUUUAAAAGAGCUUUCUUAUAUAUUUUAUUGUCGUACUCAAUAUUUGGAAAUGUAUUUUCAAAUUAAUGAUAUGUAUUGGUUUAAUAUAAUUCGUUUACGCAAUGUUGUUACAACAUUAAUACAGCAAUUAUUUAUUCGAGAUUCUCGGAGACCGUUUUUUUCUCAUGAUUAUUGGUUAUUUAAUAAUCGAAUUGAUAUGACUAUGUUUGUCUCUUUUGCUAUUUCUGAGUUACUUAAAAACGAUGAAAAAGCUGAUGACAGUAAUCAGUUGAUAUCCAUUUCUGAUAAUGUGUUGGAUUCUACUAAAUUUUAUAUAAAUGUCUUACGAAAAUUUCCUUUUUAUAUCCCUUUUUCUAUGAGGAUUCAUAUAUUACAGUCUUUGAUUACUCACGAUAUGGAAAUAUCUGGGUAUUCAGAUUCUUGGGAUGUAUUAAAUAGGUUUUCUGUAACAAUUAGACGUGAUAAUAUUUUUGAUGAUGGAUUUGCAACACUGUAUAGUAUUGGUAAAGAUAUUAAAAAGCCAAUUAGUAUUAUUUUUGUUGAUCGAUAUGGUUUACCCGAAGUUGGUAUAGAUGGUGGUGGUAUCACAAAAGAAUUCUUAGUAAGUAUUUGCAAGCAGGCUUUUGAUAUAGAUUUUGGGCUAUUUUGUGAAACUCAUGAACAUUUGUUAUAUCCCAAUCCUCAUUCUUAUGCCCGUGAACCGGCACAACUUUUGUGUUUUGAAUUUUUGGGAAGAUUGGUUGGAAAAUGUAUAUAUGAGACUAUCCUUCUCGAUGUAACUUUUGCACCGUUUUUUUUAAUGAAGCUUCUUGGUAAAAUGAGUCAUUUAGAUGAUUUGUUCGUUUUGGAUCCUGAGCUAUAUAAAGGAUUGAUAUUUUUAAAACGUUAUACUGGUGAUGUUGAAAACGAUUUGUUUCUUAAUUUUACUGUUAUUGAACAAGAAUUUGGGAAGUCUAUUACAGUUGAAUUAGUAGCUGACGGCUCUAAUGUUUCUGUAACAAAAAAAAAUCGGUUGAAAUAUAUAUAUACUUUGGCUGAUUAUCGACUUAAUAAAGUUAUUUUAAAACAAAGCAAUGCUUUUCUUAAAGGGCUGUCUGAAAUUAUUAAUAUUAAAUGGUUGUCAAUGUUUAGUUGUCAGGAAUUACAAAAUUUAAUUGGAGGUUCUUCUGUACCUAUAGAUAUAAAUGAUUUACGCAAUAAUUCUGUUUAUGGUGGAUUUCAAGAUGAUGAUCCUACUAUUGAACUUUUUUGGAGUGUUGUUUCUGAAUUUUCUGAUAUUGAGCGUCGGCUAUUGUUAAAAUUUGUUACUAGUGUAUCAAGACCCCCACUUUUAGGUUUUAAAGAUUUAAGACCUUUAUUUUGUAUUCGUAACGGUGGUGACGAUAUUAAUAGACUUCCUACUGCUUCUACAUGUGUUAAUCUUUUAAUACUUCCAAGAUAUAGUGAUAGAACUAUUAUGAAAAGUAAACUUUUAUAUGCUAUUAAUUUUGGUGCUGGAUUUGAUCUUAUUUGA